CUUUUCUAAAGCUCGGAAGAGAAGGAAAAAGAGAGCACAACCCAUCAACGCAAGCGAAUCCAUUGGAGAGAAACUGGGAAAGCCCUACCCACGCCGGCGAGAAGAAGGGCUGCAGUUCCACCUCCCCAAUCCUCAAUCCUCUCUCUCUCUCUUGAAGGAUUUAUAGGGUUUCCAAUCCUUUUUCCCUGAUCGGUGAUCCCCCUUUCCGUGUUCCCCGAUGUUCCAAUUUUAGGGUUUUUUUGGAGCUCUUUAUCCGGAUUUCGAUUGUAUUUUCUUCCGAUUUGGUGAUGAGGGGUUCGUAGGGUUGUAGAUUUUGAUUUGUUUCGUUGUUUUACGGCUGUAUUUUGAGGAAUUUGGGUUGGGAUUGGGUUUGGUCGAGAACUGGUUUUGGUACAUCGCGGCGGUGUUGUUUGGUUUGCUGUCGCGGUGACGGUGGCGGGGGAGAUGGCGGCGGUCGAUUUGGUGUCUGGUUGCAAGGACAAGUUGGCUUACUUUAGGAUAAAAGAGCUCAAAGAUGUUCUGGGUCAGCUUGGUCUUGCAAAGCAAGGAAAAAAGCAGGACCUUGUGGAUAGGAUCUUGGCGGUGCUUUCAGAUGAACAAGUUUCCAAAGCACAACUUUGGGGGAGGAGAAGUUCUAUAGGGAAAGAAGGAGUGGCAAAGAUAAUUGAUGAUACUUAUAGAAAAAUGCAAUCUCCUGGUGCUACUGAUUUAGCAACUAGGAGCAACAGUGGCUCAGAUUUUAAUCACACAAAGCCUAAUCAGGAAGUGGAUGACUCAUACCCGAUGGAAAAGUUUCGGUGUCUAUGUGGCAGUUCAUUGACGACGGAGUCAACUAUUAAGUGUGAAGAUCUACGCUGCUCAACUUGGCAACAUGUUGGUUGUGUCAUAAUUCCUGAGAAACCAAUGGAUGGCGUCUUGCCUGCCCCCCCAACCAGUUUUUAUUGUGAAAUAUGCCGAAUUAACAGGGCAGACCCAUUUUGGGUGACAAUGUCUCAUCCAUUGCUUCCCAUGAAGUUGUCAGCUUGUGGUGUGGCUGCAGAUGGAACAAGUAUAAUACAAACUACGGAGAGAACAUUUAAUUUGACAAGAGUGGAAAGAGAGAUGCUACAGAGAAGUGAAUUUGAUCUUCAGAUAUGGUGUAUUCUUCUAAAUGAUAAAGUUCCAUUCAGAAUGCAGUGGCCACAGUACACUGAACUGCAAGUCAAUGCUAACUCAGUCAGAACUACCAAUAGGCCUGGAUCACAGAUGCUAGGAAUCAAUGGCCGUGAUGAUGGUGCAACGAUCACAACAUGCAGUCGUGAAGGAAUUAACAAGAUUCUAUUAUCAAGUUGCGAUCCUCGUGUAUUUUGUUUAGGGAUCAGAAUUGCUAAGAAGCGGACAAAACAGCAGGUUCUAAACAUGAUACCCAGUGAAGCAAAUGGGGAGCGCUUUGAGGAGGCCCUUGCUCGUGUUUGCCGGUGCAUCGGCGGUGGAACUACCAAAGAGGAUGCAGACAGUGACAGUGACAUAGAAGUUGUUGCUGAUUCAGUCACAGUCAAUCUUCGCUGCCCUAUGAGUGGGUCUCGAAUCAAGACUGCUGGUAGAUUCAAGCCUUGUGUUCACAUGGGGUGUUUUGACUUGGAAACUUUCAUUGAAAUGAAUCAGCGUUCUCGUAAAUGGCAAUGUCCAAUUUGCCUGAAGAACUAUUCUCUAGAGAACAUCAUCAUUGAUCCAUAUUUCAACCGUAUUACUUCAUUGAUGCGAAAUUGUGGUGAAGAUGUGACUGAGAUUGAUGUGAAGCCUGAUGGUUCCUGGCGUGCAAAGAGUGAGGGUGAAUCAAGGGUUCUUGCUCAGUGGCAUCUACCUGAUGGCUCUCUUUGUCCUCCGGCGACUGCAGAAGUUAAACCUAAACUGGAGGUCUUUAAGGCAAUUAAACAGGAAGGCACUUCUGAAGGUCAUACAGGUUUGAAAUUAGGAAUCAAGAAAAACCGCAAUGGAAUUUGGGAGGUCAGUAAGCCUGAAGAGUUAAGCAACUCUCCUGGAAAUCAUCUGGUAGAACAAUAUGAUAAUCCUCGCCAGAAUGUUAUAGCAAUGAGUAGCAGUGCCACUGGGAGCUACAGGGACGGUGAAGAUCCCAGUGUUAAUCAAGAGGGUGGGGGGCCUUUUGACUUUUCUCCUUUUAACAAUGGGCUUGAGCAAAAUUCUUUUCCUGUUAGUUUUGAUGCACAGUAUGAUGUUAAUAGAAUCCCUGUUGCACCAUCCAAAGAUGCAGACGUCAUUGUCCUUAGUGAUUCUGAUGAGGAUAAUAUCACACUUAUUUCUCCUGAAAAUGGAUAUGAGACUGGUCCAGUGGGAACCAAUGGCAUUACCUUUUCUGCCAAUCAAGCUGGAAUUUCAGAAGGGAUGCAAGGAGAUCUCGGUCUCGGGACAAGUGGUACAUCUUGUCUUCGUCUCUUUAGCAAUGGAGUAGAGGAUUUUGAGAUGCCACCCUGGCCAUUGCAACCAGGUUCUCAGGCUGGAAAUGGCUUCCAGCUUUUUGACACAGAAACUGAUGUACCAGCUGCUUUGGCCGAUGGGCACAGUUUUGGUUGCACACCAAUGAAUGGCCACACUUUGGCAUCAGAUGGUGCAUUGGGGGAAACUUCACGAAUCAGGGACCUCCCAACUAGUCGUUCUAAUUCAGAAUUGAAUGGAACACUAGUUGAUAAUCCUUUAGCAUUCGGUAAUGAUGACCCUUCCUUGCAGAUUUUUCUUCCUAGUGGUCCAGCUGGUGUUCCUAUGCAAGCUGACCUGAGUGAUCAUAUUGAAUUCCCAAAUGGGGCACGUUCUGAUGAUUGGAUCUCUCUUAGCCUUGCUGGUGGAGGUGGUAAAAAUGAUAUUGUUCCUACAAAUGCAUUGAAUUCAAGACAAGAUUUUGCUAUGGAGGAGGAUAGGAUGGAGACAUUAGCCAAUACAGCGUCUUUGCUGAAGAGCGUGGACAAUAACCUUACAGAUAAUGUUACUUCAAACCACAAAAGAUCAGAAAACUUCUUCACACACCAGCGUCAGCAACGUUCUGUUAAGUCUCGCCUCUACCUAUCAAUAGACACUGAUUCAGAUUAACCAUGUGAUGAUGGUUUCAUGGAGUGAGUGUUUCUUGUCGGUCUGCAUGAAUGGCCGCCGAUCCUGUGCUUUUGCAUUACCAUCCUUCUACCAAAUGUCAAAGCUUCUUCCCCCCCAACACACAAGAACAAAAAGUUGCAAUGCAUAAUCACCUAGUUCCACCAUUGAGCUUGAUGAAGAUCAUUCCGAUACCGUCAACCUUCAGAAAUUGGUGUGUUUGUAACUGCUCUUCUUCGCCUAACAAAUUACAAUAGCCCUCCAUCUUGACCAGGUGAGUGCUUCUUUUUUGACUCAAUUUACAACCAAGCUGUGGUUGUUCCAUAAGUUUUGUACAUUAUUUCAUAGAAAUGGAGAAACAAAAGUGAGAAAAAUAUGGAGGGCCAUGGCCAUCCCUGGUGUAAGCCGAAAUUGACGGGAAGGGCUUGUGUAUCUAACGCACCCCCGGUUUGAGCUGAUGUAAAUUCAUAUGCUUAUUUAGAUGACUGUUGAAAUGCUAUAAGGAACAACAGCCUUAGCCGCUGCAAAUUGUUGCCAGAAUUCUUGUGUUCAUUCAGACAGUGAUGCUGCAAAGUUGUAGUGAAUGUCCAUCAUAAAUGAAAUAUUUCCCUAUAAUGAGAAAAACAUAAAAUGGUACAGUUUUGUUGUACCUUA